AUGUCUGGCUACGGUAACAACAACGACGACUCCUACGGCGGUGACAACACGAGCUACGGCUCAAGUGGCAACCGUGGAAACGAUUCUUAUGGAUCCGGCGGAAAUGAUUCCUACGGUUCCGGCCGUGGAGAUUUCAGCUCCGGCCAAGGAGGCCUCGGCUCAUCUGGCGGCCUGAACCGUCGCGACGACGACGACAGCUUCGGAUCCGCCGGUGGCAACCGCCGCGGCGACACCUUUGGCUCCUCGGGUGGCGGCCUCGGUCGUGACGACAACUCGUCCUUUGGCUCUGGCGGCGCUGCUGGCUACGGCUCCUCGGGCGCUGGUAAUGACAGCUACGGCUCGUCCGGCCGGACCGGCGGCCGUGGAGGUGAUGACUCCUACGGCAGCUCUGGUCUCGGUGGUAGUGACAGCUACGGUUCUUCUGGCCGCACCGGUGGCAGAGGUGGUGACGACUCCUACGGUAGCUCUGGCCUUGGCGGCAGCGACAGCUAUGGCUCGUCUGGAAGAACCGGCGGCCGUGGUGAUGACGAUUCUUAUGGCAGCUCUGGUCUGGGCGGCAGCGACAGCUAUGGCUCGUCGGGAAGAACCGGUGGCCGUGGUGGCGAUGACAGCUACGGCAGCGGUGGUGGCUCUGGCCUCGGCUCAAGCGGUGGUUAUGGCGGUUCUGGUCGUGAUGAUUACGACAACAGCCGCUCCAGCGGCAAGGAUUCUACGGCAGGCAAGUUUAUGGAAAAGGCCGGCAACAUUCUCGGAAGCGACAACCUCGAGCAGAAGGGUCGCCAGAAGCGCGACCAAGCUCGUGACGACUACUAG